CAUUUGCUGCUGUGCAUCUUUGUCUUCUCUCCCAUUACCAAUUUGUGGUUGCUAAGUAGACAAAUCAUUCAAAAUUCUGAGUCCUCUCUUCCCCUUUUAUACAACAUUUCCUCUCCCAACUAUCUCUCCGCCCCCACUUCUCUCUCUCUCCCAUUCCCUUAUAUCUCUCCCCCUUUCUCUCUUCCACACCUUACUAUCCAUAAUGGCUUCCAUGGCCUCCUCUCAUCGCUCUUCCUCUUGGACUCCCAAGCAAAACAAAGCCUUUGAGAGGGCCUUGGCUGUCUUUGACAAGGACACUCCCGAUCGCUGGCUCAAUGUCGCCAAGGCCGUCGGCGGAGGCAAGACCCCCGACGAGGUCAAGACCCAUUUCGACCUUCUCGUCGAGGAUGUCAAACACAUUGAAUCUGGCCAUGUACCAUUCCCUAAUUAUUCCUCUACUGCUUCUGCCUCCGGAACAUCCAAUGCCAACAUCAAUGAUCAAGAACAAAGGAUGAGAGACCUGAAGCUUCAAUAAAUAGGAUGAAAAUGCAAGCAACUGGGAGGGAUGAGAGGAAGAAUAAAGGUGGAUGGUGGUUGCUGAUUUUGCCCCUAAGAUGACUAAUCUAUCAAAUUGCAGGAAUCCAACAGUGUAAACCUGCAAUUCUAUGUUUUUUAAGUGUAUUUUGCCAACCAAAAAUGCUAAUCGAUGUAGGAGAAUUGAAUUUACUUUACGUUCUUUUCAAGC